AUGGUUACCGGCGAUAACUUAUUGACUGCAAUGAGUGUUGCUAGAGAGUGUAGCAUAGUACGCCCGAAUAAACGAGAAUUUUUGGUAGAGCACUGUCCAGGAGAGGUAGAUGUGAACGGGCGAACAAAGAUAGCCGUUAAGCAGUCUGUUUCGUCCUCUGGCGACAUUCUCGAUGAUGACUCAGUCAAAGUCAAGAACGUGAAAGAUGCAAAGCUGGGACAGCUUAUUCAGAGCAGCUACCACCUUGCCAUAUCAGGGCCUACUUUCGCGGUCAUUACUCACGAGUAUCCUGAACUUCUUGAUUCACUAGUAACUGUGUGCGAUGUGUUUGCUCGAAUGGCACCGAAUCAAAAACAGCAGCUCAUAAAUUGCCUCCAAAAAAUCGGAUACACAGUUGCAAUGUGCGGCGAUGGAGCAAAUGAUUGUGCAGCAUUAAAGGCAGCACAUGCAGGAAUAUCACUUUCCGACGCUGAGGCUUCGAUCGCCGCGCCUUUCACUUCGAAGGUUGCUGACAUUCGGUGCGUUCCAACGAUUAUAAGCGAGGGAAGAGCUGCGUUGGUCACAUCAUUUGGAAUCUUCAAAUACAUGGCUGGCUACUCUCUGACACAAUUUGUCACCGUAAUGCUCUUGUACUAUAUCUCAAACAUCCUUACGGAUGGGCAGUUCAUGUAUAUCGACAUGUUUUUGAUAACUCUGCUGGCUGUUCUUUUUGGAAACACUGCGGCCUAUGAGAAUCUCUGUCCGAUGACGCCUCCUACACGAUUGUUGUCUGUUGCCAGUAUCUGUAGCGUGCUUGGGCAACUAGCAAUAAUGGGUAGCACACAGCUGCUUGUGUUUCUGAUGACCACAACCCAGCCAUGGUUUGUUCCUUACACUGCUCCACGUGGAUCAGAUACUGAAGAUAAAAGGAGUAUGCAGGGAACGGCUGUUUUUUACGUAUCUGUAUUCCAAUAUAUCACUCUUGUCGUCGUCUACUCGAAAGGACCCCCUUAUCGCGAUACACUGUACAGCAACAGACCGUUCUGCGCAUCCAUCGCAUUUGUCACAUUGGAAACAGUCAAGGAGAAGUACAAAGAGAAACUUAUAUUUUCUGAACUUGAUCGCUUAACUAACAUCGGUCCUAUAAAAGCGAUCACCGCUGGUGGUGCCCAUGGAGUCAGUCCAAUUUUGCUGGAGCAGGAAAGAACGGACCCUAUAUUUGAUAUUAUUGUUGCUUCUGGGCAUACAGUCAAUGGUUCAAUUUGUGUACUGCAAAGGACGGUGCGGCCAGACAUAAUCACCAUCAGUUUCUUACAAGACGCUCAACAGCUUUGGGCAGUUGGAAGAAGAGAGGAUGAUUCUCACAAAUAUCUCAUCGUACCUCGUACACGAUCUUCUCUGAUUCUCGAGUUAGGGGAAGAUAUGGUUGAAUUGGAAGAACCCCUUUUUCUGUCGGACGAACCUACCGUUGCAGCAGGAGAGCUAGCUGAUGGUGGUCCUGCUGUUCAAGUGACGUCACUGCGUGUAGCUCUUGUGUCAGAAGAAAAACAACUCCAACAGAUUGAUUUGGAUUCCAAUUUCCCUGUUGUUGCCGCAUCAAUAGUUGAUCCUUACGUGGCUUUACUGACUCAGAACGGGCGCUUGAUGUUGUUCCAUCUUGUUUUGAACCCUGUUGUGCACCUACAGGAAAUUGACAUAUCCAACACUGCAUUUGCCGAAAGAACCGUUCAUCACCGAGCUCCCUUGACGGCACUGUCUAUUUAUCGCGAUAUGAGUGGACUCAUGGUUUGCUCUCAAGAUGCUCUCAUGCCCGAGGAGGAAGAAGACAAGAAAGAACAAGGUUUGUGA